UUGAGUAACGAAAUAUUUUUAAAAUCGAAAUAUCCAAAUGCUUUCUAGACGACUACUGUGCUAUCGAUAACAUCACAGCAUUUGUCAGUUAUCGUUUUCAAAAAUUCAAAAUUCCCAGUUAAGCCAAUGACUCAGGAACCCAACUGGAAAAAGGCCUACGACCAUCUGGUCCGUGAGCACCAGAAUGACCAGAAUCGGGUGCACUUGCUGCAGCGACAACUGCGGCACUUUCGGUCCAAGCGCGUACGACUGCAGAAUGAACUUGAGGAGGAGCGACAGGGCAUGGACGUUUGGAUAACGAUGAUGGAAACCGUGCACCGCCGAGUGGAGCGCUUUAAGAAGCACAAGCACCUACUCUCGCCCAAAAAGCACAAGCAACUGCGUCGCAUAAUAGGAAAGCUGCCCAUGAGCACCUUUGAGGAGCAGGUGCGUCUGAUGGAGGUGUCGGAGCAGUUGGUGCCCAAGCCAUGCCUAGACAUACCCGUUCCUCCAAGGACCAAUGGAGACCAGCUUACCAAGUACUCAGUUCCGCAUCAGAGAAAGAGCUGCGAUCCCCAGACUCUAUCCCCUGUGGACAAGCGGCUGGCCAGGAUCCAUGCCAUCCUGAAAGCCCUGCAAGGAAUCCACAAACAGACCUCGUCCGUCAUCGCGGAUAUACAUUCCCUAAUGGCUACUAUUAACUAUUUGGAGCGGGGACACUGCACCAACAUAAAGAUCACUCCAUUUGUGCAGUCAGCGCAGGGUGCGAAACCGUCGCCAAUAAAGGCCACCAUCGAAUUGGAUCGGCUGCGCAGGACCAAGCACGGAACCCAGUACACGCGGGAGCUGAUGGACGUACGUCCUCCGUACAUCCUUGACCAUGUGCCGCAAUUGAAACCCAACAUUUUCGACGGUUUGGGUAGAAAGGCAGGAAGGAAGAAAACAAAAGCUAAGCACUGAACCGAACCAUUUCUGGUGGGGAAAAUAAUUUAUUACUCCAAGAAUUAGUCUACUUAGACAUAGUCUAAUGAACAUGCUCUAUGCUACGCUAGUCCUGUCCUGCGUCGGUUUGAUAUAUACAAUUUACAAUAAUCUUAUUUAGCUCGGGCAAAGUCGUGGCAAGUUUACAGAGAACGAUUUAAGAUUAAGAUACGCUCUUUAUAUAAAUAAUAUCCGAACCAAGCGAUUCUCUGCUAAGCUCCCUUCCUUUUGAGUGGAUCAUCAUUGAACUAAAACUUGAGGACUUGUAUCCCAAAAGUCCUUGUGUUUGGGGCUAACAUUUGCCUGGCACUUAUUUGUUUUCCGAGAGUAUUCUUUGCCCAUAAAUUCCCUUCACGUCUGUGCUCAUAUGGCCUGCCUCUGUGCU